CCGGGAAUCUCAGUGUUGUGUUGGUCAAACUCGUGGGAUAAACGAUGGAGAAAAUAACAGAGAAACUCUUACUGGACAAAAGUUCCCCAAAAACCAGCAAGUUGGAGCAAAUAAAGACACUCAACCUCUCCAAGAUGAAGCUGCAGCUUCAGGACCUGCCGGUCCCGCUCCUGUCCCGUCUCCGGUCCCUGGAGGAGUGGGAUCUGUCUGGGAAUGCUCUGAAGGAAUUCCCUGCGAACCUGGAUCUGCCUGCGCUUCGGCACCUGGACCUCAGCGACAACCUGAUGGAGGACGUCACCAGCCUGGAGUCCCUGAAGAGUCUGGAAGAGCUCAAGAUGGACAACAACCUUUACAUCACCGUGAGCGACAACCACAAGCUAAUGGUGCUGCUGCCCAACCUGCGGAUGUACAACGGUAAAGACGUCAGCACGGCCGCCAACCACCUGCGCUUCGUCUACAGCGACAACCUGAGGACCAGGGUAAAGGUGCUUUGGGAGCGGAGCUUCAGUCUUCCAGAUCCCAUCACGGCCCAGAAGAUGUCCGACCUGGAGCGAAACUUUGCGGCCGCAGCUGGACAGCAGGUUAAGUAUGGGCCCAGCUCCGUCAGCGACUUCACCAAGUGGAGGGUGGAGAUUCUGGCCAGAGAGUAUCUGCGAUCGCUGACGGAGCCGACAGAACCAACGGAACCAACGGAGCCGGACAACAAAGACUCUGCCGACGCAAAUAAUAUCGUCUCAACGCCAUCCAAGAGGAAGAGAAGUGAACCGGUGGACGUGCGUUUGACUCCUCACAAGAAGCCUCGUACUGAUCUCCCCGCCUCUCCAUCUGAAGGAAGCCCUCGCAAACUCAACCUCCGUGUGAAGCUUCCGACUGUGACCAGCACCAGGAUGAGCCCGUACAAGACCAGUAAAGACCCCUCUAGUACAGGAGAGACGAAGAGAGAGACGCCCAGGAGGACAUCGCAAGCCCAAAGGGCCAAAAACGAUGAGGCAGAACAGAAGGAAUCCGUCAAGGCCUCGAAGCCCAAGAGAGACCUUCACACGCUGCCUAUAAUAAAGACUUGGAGAAAGACACAGCAGCCGGUGUCUCUGAAGCCGCUCCACGUGCUGCAGUGUCACAGUAAACGGGACAGCUCGGACGACUUCUCCACCCAGCUGUGGGCCUGCGCCUUCCAGCCCCCGGAGGACUGCUCAGGCGGUGGCGGAGGAAGCCGCAUGGUGGCUACGUGUGGAGGAGACUCCGUCUGCGUGAUCGACUGUGAAACCGGGAUGGUGAUGAAGAAGUACAACGUUCCUGAAGAGGAGUUCUUCUCCCUGGCCUGGUCCACCGUGCUGAUGUCCAGAGGAGCCAAGGCCUCGGCUCAGCUCUGCAGCAUCCUCGCCGCCGGCGGGAAGAGAGGACUCGUCAAGCUGAUCCACCCCAGGAACAACGUGGCCUACGGCGAGUUCAGGGCCAGCCGAAAGCCCCUGUCUGUCCUGCGCUUCAACCAGCGGCGAGGAAACUUCCUCUUCACGGGAUCGUAUGACCACAAGAUAGUGAUGUGGGACAUCGGUGGAGUGGACAUCCAGUACAACUACAAAGUCGUUCAGCUGCUGGUGUUGGAGAUGAGCAACACGCCUCUGCACAUCUGCAUGCCGCCGACUUCUCCUGACACACACCUGCUGGCGGCCUGUGAAGACGGCCUGAACUGCUUCAACACGCAACUGAGCGCCAGCAACACCAGCAGGAGCAGGCAGAAAGACCUGGAGGUGACGUUCCCCAUUUACAAGAAGCAGGACGAGGAGCACGACUACCGCACCGUUGACGGCUUGAAUUUUCUCAACGAUGACAUCGUGGCCUCCAAGAACGUCCUGCACGGUUUCAUUUACUUGUGGAGUUGGAGCAGGACCAGGACGCAGCGGCCCGACAAGAAGAGCAGGACGGUGUCGGCUGUGGUUCUGGCCGAGCUGCAGUGGACCAACACCGAGACUCCUUACCUGGCUCUCGGCACCUGUCCCGGACGGGCCUACGUCGUCUGUGGAGACGACAAAGGCAGGAUAUGGACGUACCACGUCAGCAACCUGCAGAAAUCCAGUUUGAACGAUGGGAAACCAGUCCCGCCCACUGAGGUUCUGGACUGGCCGGCCCCCGUGAGGAAGGGCCUGAGCCGGCUGGAGGGCCCCUCCAUCAACAGCGUAGCCAUGGACCCCGAGCUCCAGUACCUGGUGGCUCUCAGUGACAAGAACAUGGUGAUAAUAUGGAGGAGAGGCGACGAGUCCUGAGCAGCGCCGGCUCUGCGGCUUCGUGGGGACCGGUCGUAAAGGUCUCUACGGCGUUGCGUGUUUGCUGCUCGUCCUGGUUGCGAGAAGAGAACAAAUGUUUUCUUAUGGAUGAUUAAGAGUUGAAAAUGAGAAGAAGCUUGUCCCCGGUUUUCUGGCUGAAGCCGGCGUAUACACAGGGCGUUUCCAUGGAAACACCAACUUCAGACGACUGAUUCCAUGUGGAAAGGGGUUCCUUCCUCUUUUUAUCAACAUUCUCUCUGGAAAACGGGACUUUUAUGGUGUUUCAGUGAACUAGAUCCUUCAGGAAGUCCUGCAGAGUAAAUGAAUACAGUGAUACACAAUAAUGACACGUCGAUUUUUUUUUAAAUAUGCUUCAGCUUUUAAGCUGUCUAGAAAGUUUCCUAGCUGUGAAGAAUCUUUACCACUGUAAAAAAAUGUUUUUACAGUUUUAUCAGCUUUCCCAGAGAGACUUGCUCCUCUAAAAUGAUUGCUUACGUCAUGCCUCCUUGGCAUUAGUUUUUUAUUUUUUAUUUGUUCUUCUGAGAACAGACAUCGGGGCAUAUUUUCUAGGACGUCCCCUCAGAUACUCUCCACUGGUAAAUCUUUGUGAAGUCUAAACAGCUUCAUGUGCAGCAACAGUUGCUUCUCUACGGCUGUUGCUGAUGUCGUUCCCUCUUGGGAGUGUGUUAACCCACACAUGAACUCUACAAACCAGCAAAUUUGAACUUGUUGACAGAAGCCGAUGAGUGAUUGAUCAAGUUCCUGUGGAACUAGAGAGUAUUAAUUAGAUUAGUACACAGCAUUUUUAUGUAAAACCAGACUGCAAGUUAUAAUUAUUCAGACAUUUUCACAUUGGAUCUUUUUAUUUGAGUUUUUGUCAGAAUUUUGAUGGUUACUCCUGUCAGUUUUUGGUUAACCCGUGAACGUUUCUGACGAAAUUAAACGCCACCUAAAACAUUUCCAUCCAACAUCAAUAAAUUAUUAUCUGGUGAAGGAACGUGUUUGAAGAGCGUUUUUUUCU